GGUGAUCUACAUUGGAAAGUAGUAUCCGUUUAUAUACACCGUAGCGGAGAUGUAGUGCUAAAGAUGAAGAGUAAGCAUGUUGCUAAUACCAUCACAAAGAAGAAGAAGAAUGUAGUAUUAGAGGUAUGCAAGGAUGUGCAGGCUUGGCCAGGGAGACACUUGUUUGAGGGGGGGCAACACUUUAGAUACUUUGGGCUAAGAACACAAGUGAGGGGUUUGGUUGAAUUUGAGUGCAAAAAUCACAAGGAAUAUGAAAUGUGGACUCAAGGCGUUUCAAGGCUUCUCUCUGUUGUGGCUGAAAGGAAAAGAAGAUUGAAUUCUUAUUGAAUUAGGAAGAACAAACCAAAUGUGGUUAUAUAUGAAUGUAGAUGUUGGUAGAUGAUGAAUGCGGAGGAGUGGGCCAGCCUGAAUUUGCAUAUAUAUAUAUAGUGUCAGUAUGUAAAAUAGUGUGUGUGUUUUCUAACUUAGUGCAAAACUUUUUCGGGAAUGUGCUUUUAUUUUGAGUAUGUUUGGAACACGAAAAUGCUACGGAAAGAAAAUAGGAGUUGAGUGAAUGUAAUUUCUUUCCUUUUCGCGGGAUUUUCGGCGAUCCAAACAUAGUCUAAAGCAAUUGAGUUAUCGCGAUUGGUGAGACAAAGCAAACAUCGUGAGAUUUCCAAUGAAUUCAUUUUGUGUGCAAAUAUUGAGGAUUCUGAUUGAGAAUUCAAUGCCCGAUUGGUCGAAAUAUUUAUGUCUAUGAGACGAUUUACGGUUUUUGGUUGGAGAAAUGUAUUGACAUUGUCAUUUGUUAUGGACUUUUUAUGAAUUUCACUUUUUAUGUAUUUAUCCAUAUAA